UUAUCAUUUUAGUACAUUGUCUUAAUGUCAUUGAAUAGACUCUGAUAAAAGAAUUCCUCUGCAGUGCCUCAGUGAAUUUUAAGUUUAUGUUGAGCUUGUGUUAAGUCCUAGUUUUCUGCCUAAAUGCAUUAUGUCGAAUGCACGUUCUUUUUUUUUUAAAUAAAAAAACAAUACAGUAAUAGAAUAGAGAUCAAAAGAAAAGUACUUAAAUCGUUAUAAUACAGUUAUUAAGCUAAGAGUGCAUUUCAGUCUACUUAUCAAAGCCGAAAAAUGUCUUCAGAAAAAUAUAAACUAUCCGAAAUAGAAGGCGACCUCUUUAACGCGCCGAAAUCUCAUUCUUUAGCUCAUUGUGUAGCCGCUGAUUUUGGUAUGGGCGCUGGAAUAGCUACAAAAUUUAAACAAGUUUACGGUCAAGUUGACGAACUUCGUGCGCAGAAGAUUGGAACUGGUGGGGUCGCUGUACUCAAAGACGAUCAACGCUUUAUUUAUUAUUUAGUCACUAAAGAUGAAAGUUGGCAAAAACCUACAUAUGAUAACCUAAGGUCAUCUUUGAAAGCAAUGCAACAACAUAUGUUUUCUAAUAGCGUUCAAAAAUUAGCAAUACCGCGCAUUGGUUGCGGUAUUGACGGUCUUGAAUGGGAUAAAGUCUGCGCUGAAAUAAAUGAUGUUUUUUACAAUGAUGAUGUUGACAUUGUUGUUUAUAAUUUUGUACCAAAAUAGUUGUGAAUGUUUACAACGUUAAUACAAAAUCGAACAAAUUUGUUUACAUUGCGAAAAGUAUUUAUUUGGUACAUUAUAUUUUUUUUAUAUUAACUAGUUAAUAAUUGUAAUUAUGGAAUUUUUUUUUCAAAACUUCCUGCGAAGAAAUCUAACCGUAAGCUAAUCCAAAUCAUUUACAUCACAACCUGUGCGAGAGAUCUUGUGUUAACUAUAGAGGGAGAGGGUGAAGCACACACAAGUUACUGGUGAAUUGGGCGCAUAUUUAUAGCUAUAGUUAUCACAUGUUUUCUAAUUGCGUGCACUAAAUUGUGCACAACUUCUCUUGAUUUCCUCUGAAGUUACAAGCGUAACGCAGCGUGUAUCAAUCUUUAGAAAGAAACACCUUGGUCUUGAUUUCAUGUUCAGUUUGCUGCUAUGCAGUGUACGACUGAAAUAAUUGUGUGAAUUGUACUCGUAUAUAGUAAAAAAUUAUAUACAUUUGUUGGCAAUAUUCCUGAUCUUUCACCGCCUUUCCCAUCCUGAAUGCCAAAAUGAAAAAUGAAAAAUUUUUUUUUUAUGGCUAUUAAAAAAAGGGUUCGGAGAAUAAUUACAAUAUGAAUAAAAAGUUUA